AUGUUCUCACGAAGAAGGAAAUCCAGACAUUAUCGUCGUUGCGAAGUUUGUCCUAACUGGGUCGCUGGCACCGAGAUAUUCCAACAGCUCGUUCAACAGAAUACUGAUCAGGCCACACAACUUGGAAAUCUACAGGCUCGCAACGCUACGCUGGAAAAAGAACUCAGCAAUGCGAAUAAUCAAGUUGACGCUCUCAUCCUACGUCUUGCCAACACUGAAAAAGCGGCCACAAAGAGCCAACAUGAACAUGAGCGGCUUGCACAUGGUGAACAAUGCAAAGAGGCGGAAAAGGCGAUAGCUGAUCUACAGACCGAAAAUGAGAAAUUCAGGCUAAAAUUGAAUGCCGAAAUGGGAAAGACACUUGAAGUUGACACCAAACUGGAGACAAGGAUCACUGACCUUAUAAACAAGAAUAAAUGGCUGGAGCGUCGAUGUGAGCACCUUGAGACUGUGAUUGCUUGGUUGAAGCAGGUCCUUGAAGGAGACAAGGCUCUAUUGAUGAGUCAAUGUGAGGCCCUUGAAGCUAUAAUCGGUCAGCCAAAAGAUCAAAAUGAGGUCCAUAAAGAAGACAGUGCUCGGUCGAGAGGUCAAAACAGAGCCCUUGAAGGCGUCAAGGCCGAGCUGAAGGCUAGAAUCAGUGAACUUGAAAAGGUACUGAACGAAUCUGGUGAGGAGCCCUUAAUGGCGCAACAGGAACGCAACAGGCUUCAAGAGACUGCUCGUAACGGCGGGACAACCGAGCCUGCAAUUCCUUUUCGGAAUAUAACACCUCCCACAACACCGCCAAAAACAACUAAGCCCACCAUGCCGGGAGAUUUUCCGUUGGAUGACAACCCACAACCGGAUGAGCAGGUCAUACCUCAGGAGUCCGCCAAGAAAGAUGUCAGAAGAUCAUCGCCGACUCCACAAAUGGAGACUGCGAGCCAAAGUUACACACCGAGCCGUCGAAACUAUUUCUCGCGAUUCUCGUAG